AUGACUAAAGACGAGGUGAAUAAAUUAGUCCACGAGGCAUUUGAAUUUGCUCGGAAAAUUGCCGACGACCCUCGGCACGCCUCCCGCCUCGUAAUUCCGGUACUUGUUAGUCUCGAGGUUCGAACCGUCCAACAAGAAGGCGAACCAGUUGACUCGGUCAUUGACCGGACGAUUAGGGCAGAAAAAUUGGCCCCGUUAUACUUAUGGCCACUAGCGACCCCACCUGUUGAUCACCCGAAAUUUCCGUGUUUUCUGACGAAACUUCCGAGGAAUAGAGUUGAAGAUAUCGAAGAAGGUUUGAAGAUUAUGCGGGCCUGCGGUAUCUGUUUGCGGGCCCCGACUAUCGGGGCCCAGAUAACUGUGCUCCCGUCGUGCGGUCAUGCUUUUCAUUCACAUUGCAUUGUUCGUUGGUUAAUGGGUAACAAUUUGUGCCCGUUGUGCAAUUCUCCGGCAUACGAUGGGGAGAUGCUUGAUUCACCAUACUAG